UGGGCCGGAAGUGCCUGGAAGAUGGUAAAUAAGCUGUGAGAGGGAAAAAGAACCUGGCUCCAUCUUUACGGCUCCCGGUGCUCCUGCUGUCUCCUGGCCAUGGGGGGUGUCCUGGGAUUGUGCUCCAUGGCGAGCUGGAUACCAUGUCUAUGUGGGAGUGCUCCAUGUCUGCUGUGCCGAUGCUGUCCAAGUGGAAAUAACUCCACAGUAACUAGGCUGAUUUAUGCAUUCUUUUUGCUUAUUGGUGUGGGUAUAUCCUGUGUGAUGUUGAUACCAGGAAUGGAAGAACAGUUAAAUAAGAUUCCUGGAUUUUGUGAUAGUGGGACAGGAGUUGUGCUGUGUAGUGUGUUGGUUGGAUACAAAGCUGUAUACCGUUUGUGCUUUGGCAUGGCCAUGUUUUUCCUUCUGUUCUCCUUAUUGAUGAUCAAAGUGAAGAGCAGCAGUGAUCCUAGAGCUGCAGUGCACAAUGGAUUCUGGUUCUUUAAAUUUGUAGCAGCAGUGGCAAUUACUGUUGGAGCUUUCUUUAUCCCAGAAGGACCCUUUACUACUGUGUGGUUUUAUGUGGGCAUGGCAGGAGCCUUUUGUUUUAUUCUCAUCCAGCUGGUUUUACUUAUUGAUUUUGCCCACUCAUGGAAUGAAUCAUGGGUUGAAAAAAUGGAAGAAGGGAACUCAAGAUGUUGGUAUGCAGCUUUGUUAUCCGCUACAGCAAUGAAUUAUCUACUGUCUUUAGUUGCUAUAGUCCUGUUCUUUGUCUACUACACUCACCCAGACGGUUGCUCAGAAAAUAAGGCCUUCAUCAGUGUCAAUAUGCUUCUGUGCAUUGGAGCAUCUGUAAUGUCUAUUCUGCCCAAGAUCCAAGAGUCACAGCCAAGAUCUGGUUUGUUGCAAUCUUCAGUAAUCACAAUCUACACAAUGUAUCUGACCUGGUCUGCUAUGACGAAUGAACCAGACAGACAGUGCAAUCCAAGUUUAUUAAGCAUAAUUGGCUAUAAUAUUACAACAAGCAUUCCAAAGCAAGGAGACUCUGUCCAGUGGUGGGAUGCUCAAGGAAUUGUGGGACUAAUGCUCUUUUUGUGUUGUGUGCUUUAUUCAAGCAUCCGGUCAUCUAACAACAGUCAGGUUAAUAAACUGACUUUGACCAGUGAUGAGUCAACACUGAUAGAAGAUGGUGUGGCCAGACAUGAUGGAUCACUUGAUGAUGGUGACGAUGUUCACCGAGCAAUAGACAAUGAAAGGGAUGGUGUUACUUACAGUUACUCCUUCUUCCAUUUCAUGCUUUUCUUGGCUUCACUUUAUAUCAUGAUGACCCUGACCAACUGGUACAGUUAUGAGCCUUCUCGUGAGAUGACCAGUAAGUGGACUUCAGUCUGGGUGAAAAUCUCUUCAAGCUGGAUUGGCAUCGUGCUGUAUGUUUGGACACUAGUGGCUCCACUUGUCCUCACAAACCGUGAUUUUGACUGAACUGGAAUUCUGGCAUAAAAGUUCUUUUGCUUCUAGCUUAUUUGAAAUUGACAGUAUUCCAGACUUUAGUGUAAAUAUGUGUGUGUGUUAACAAGGUAGCCUACCUGGUAUUAGUCUGCAUGACAUAGAUUGUGUCACUUUCUAUUUUACUCGGUAUUUCCUUGCCAAGCUCACUGAUUUAUGUUGGACUUAGUAGCAGUGAAAUAUAGUCAGUAUUGUGGUAGGAAAAGUAGAUGUAUGAGAAUUGUAAGGGAAAAGUGAAAUAGAGUGAAAGCAAAAAUGUUUGUUAGAGAUUUACAUUUUAAAAGCAUGGUGGAAUUGAAGUUAUUUUAUCAACUAUAUAAGCAAGAUAGGAUUGCCUUCUAAUAAUACCUGAUGACUUGCUUCAAAAACACACUCUAACAAGAAAUUUACUAUUCUGGAAUUCUUUAAAACAUGUUACAUAGACAUUUUUCUGACAGCUGGUAUCUACCCCAGUUUUUCCAUGGUUCUAAGAAAUGUGAUUUAUCACCAACAGAAAAUGUUUUGGGUUACACAGUAUGGAAAAUUUAAUCAAUAGUGUUUGAAUAAUAAAUUUAAAAUUUCCCAAGGUUGGAAGACUUUUAUAGGCACUGUUUUCCUACUUUUGCUAGUUAUCCCUCCAUAGUGUCUAACACAGUGGUGUAGAGUGAGCAUUGGGUAAUAGAUAUCUCCUCUCCUCUAGCCUGAGAAUAUCCAGUUUUAAAAAGAAAAAGUAUGUGUUACAUGUAGGUGGAACUUUUAGUAACUUUUCAAAAAGUAAAUUUUGAUUUUUGAAAAAAGAAUCAUGGCUUAUGUAAGAAGGAUUUUGGAAGUCAACUAAGGGAAAAAAUAAAGUAGAUUUUUGACCCAGGAAAGAAAUCUUAGAGCUGGAAUGUCUGAGACUGUAGAGAUGUGAGGUGACUUGUCCAAGGUUAGAACCAGGUCUCCUGACUAGUUAAGUGCAUUUGCCAUUGUACCAAAGUGGCACCAAAAAUUCUUCUACAAAAUAUAUUGUUCAUAGUAAUAUGUUGUACCUGACCUAUUUUGGGUUAGUCCAUGUAAUUCUUGUGGCUGGUGCCUAGCAUAUCUACAGUUAAUGGCAAAAUUAUUUUGACUCAGUGCUAAAGAAUGAACCCUGGCUUAAAGUUUGUUGUGCAGUUUUAAAGAUAUCAUUAAAUGCUUUUGUAUUUGCUGCUAUGUAAUUGAAAUACAUGGGCUUUAUUUAAACAUAUUUGUUCCAUCUCAAAUUGAGCACUCUGAUUAUGAACCUAGAAACAUACUUAAACACUUGUUUUUGUAUGAUGUAACUACUGCUCUUUAUCUGCGUGACAUUAAAGGUUAUGAAUGCAGGUGGAGUAUAAUAAAGAAAUGAUUGUCAUUCUCCAACCUUAUAUUUGGAGAUUCUAAAUCUCUCUUGUUACAUUAGAUAUUCACACACUUCAGCAUCUGUAUGUUACUUAUUAAUAAACAUGAAUUCAUAAGA